CUGAGACCCUCUCGGCCGGGGGUGUGUAACUCCAAACCACAUCCCGAGAAGCAGAAUUUGGGAAGCCAAGAUCCUCGAGUCCUGGCUGGAGGGGCGAGGGGUGGCGCGUGGGGGCUCAGGAGAAACUCCAGUCCCUCAGCCCCAACCAAAGUCUGGAACUCGGCGGGGCCGGGCUGGCCAGACUCCGCGCCUUUCACCCCGCGGGCCCCGCCCUCAGCCCCGCCCUCCUCUAACCAGAGCCCCCAUUGGUGGCGUCCGGCGGCGCGGCUGCUGUUAUUUUUCGAAUAUAUAAGGAGGUGGAGGUGGCAGCUGCUGCUUAGAGGUUUCCCGGACUGGUGGCUGGUCCCUGCGUCCCUCCACCCCGCCCCACCCUCCCCGCUUCCCUCUCCUCCCUCGCUCCGGCCCCGUGGCUCUUCCUCCCUCCCUCCCCCCCUCCACCCCGCGCCCGCUCCCCACCUCGCCCCGGCCAGCUGUGCCCGGCGUUGCCCUGCGCCCGGCCCUCCGGCCAGCCUUCCGCGGGCCACGCCGCGAUGGAGCUGCCCCAGCCCGAGCCCGCGCCGGGCGUGGCUCUCAGUCCGGCCGGCGUGCGCGGUGGCGCCGAGCGUCCCAGCCACCUCCGGGGCCUCCGGCUGGGAGCUCAUGGCCUCGUGGGGUCCCCGGAGCGCGCGGCCGCUUCCUCGCCGGUCACCACCCUCACCCAGACCAUGCACAACCUCGCCGGGCUGGGCAGUGAGACCCCAAAGAGUCAGGUAGGCGGCCUGCUCACACGCCUAUCCCUGUCCCGGAGACGAGCAUCUGAAUCUUCCCUGUCGUCUGAGUCCUCUGAAUCUUCUGAUGCAGGUCUUUGCAUGGAUUCUCCCAGCCCCAUGGACCCCCAGAUGGCAGAGCAGACGUUUGAACAGGCCAUCCAAGCAGCCAGCCGGGUCAUCCGAAACGAGCAGUUUGCCAUUCGACGCUUCCAGUCCUUACCGGUGAGGCUUCUGGGCCACAGCCCUGUGCUACGGAACAUCACCAACUCCCAAGCACCUGGCAGCUGGAGGAAGAGAGAGGCGUGUGGCCGAGCUGCCCGCAGCUCUGGGGAGGACAAAGAGAAUGAUGGAUUUGUUUUCAAGAUGCCAUGGAAACCCCCACAUCCCAGCCAUGCCCAUGCUUUGGAAGAGUGGGCUGACCGAAGAGAAGCCUUUGCCCAGAGACCAAGCUCAGCCCCCGAUCUGAUGUGUCUCACCCCUGAGCGGAAGAUGGAAAUAGAGGAAUGGAGUCCCCCAGCCCGAUCCCGCUUCCCCCUGACUGCCACCCAGGGGUCCUCUGAGGAAGAUGAUGGAUUUGUGGACAUCCUGGAGAGUGACUUAAAGGAUGACAAUGUGGUCCCCCCAGGCAUGGAGAGCCUCAUUAGCGCCCCACUGGUCAAGACCUCAGAAAAGGAGCAAGAGCAGGACCUCAUCAUAUACAGCAAGUGCCAGCGGCUCUUCCGUUCUCCGUCCAUGCCCUGCAGCGUGAUCCGACCCAUCCUCAAGAGGCUGGAGCGGCCCCACGACAGGGACCUGCCCAUACAGAACAAGCGGAGGAAGAGCGUCACCCCUCCAGAGGAGCAACGGGAGGCCGAGGAACCUAAAGCCCGUGUCCUCCGCUCAAAGUCCUUGUGUCAUGAUGAGAUUGAGACUAUCCUGGACAGUGACCACCGAGAACUGAUUGGGGAUUACUCCAAGGCCUUCCUUCUGCAGACUGUGGAUGGGAAGCACCAAGAUCUCAAGUACAUCUCACCAGAAACGAUGGCAGCCCUGUUGGCAGGCAAGUUCAGCAACAUUGUGGAGAGGUUUGUGAUUGUGGACUGCAGGUACCCCUACGAGUAUGAAGGCGGGCACAUUAAGGGAGGGACCUGCCACCCAGGCCCAGGGCUACUGCCUGACCUCCAGCUCCUCUGGCAGACUGCCGUGAACUUGCCCCUGGAACGGGAUGCUGAGACCUUCCUGCUACAGAGCCCCAUCACACCCUGUAAUCUGGACAAGAGAAUCAUCCUCAUUUUCCACUGUGAAUUCUCAUCUGAACGCGGUCCCCGCAUGUGCCGUUUCAUCAGGGAGCGUGACAGAGCCGCCAACGACUAUCCCAGCCUCUACUAUCCUGAGAUGUAUAUCCUCAAGGGCGGCUAUAAGGAGUUCUUCCCACAGCACCCGACCUUCUGUGAGCCCCAGGACUACCGGCCCAUGAACCAUGAGGCCUUUAAGGACGAGCUGAAGACCUUCCGUCUCAAGACACGCAGCUGGGCUGGGGAGAGGAGCCGGCGGGAGCUCUGUAGCCGCCUGCAGGACCAGUGAAGGCCAGCACCAGUCCUGCCUACCUUCUCUUCCUCGUGGCCUGGGUGCCAGCCACCUAGGGCCCUGCGGGGCUGAGGGUCUGCUGGAGGCCCCAGGUGCCAUCCAGGGGAAGGGCAGUGAGGGUGUCCUGUCUGUCUGCCCCCAGCCCUGGUCCCCAUGUCUCCAUUCAAUCAUACUUCAGACCCUUGUCCCACCCCCACCCCAGCCCAGCCCCUGGAGGAGCCCAGCCUGUUGAUUUGGUGAAAUUGGAUUAUGUUGAGCUCUAAGGAAGUAUUUUGUGUCCAGCAGGGACCUUUUUUGCUUUUUUUCCUUCCUUGUUUGAGUUAACCCUUUGUCUUCCCAUGUCCAGAAAAGACCCGCCUUUUCUCUAGGGCCAGAGGGCCAGAGGUUUGUAUGUGGCCAGAGGAAAGCCUCAGCCCCCCAGGAUGGGCCAAGGCAGAAUUCCUCCCUGUGAGGGGAGCUGGCACUGCGGCUGGGCCCUCUCUAGCACUCCUGGGUGUGUCUGCCAUGUUUUCUUUCUCUUUCUCUUUCCUGUCCCUCCACAUGAACACCUCCAGCACAAACAUAACCUCUUACUCUUUCCUGUUUCAGUGUUACCCGCACGCUUGAUUCAUUUGUCUGAUUUGUUGCCCAUCUCAGGAUAUUCACAGGCUGAGGAUUAGGCUCCCCUCUCCAGCUGGGGUUAGAGACUCUGAACAUUAAUUAGCCACUUGACCCUAGCUCCUCAGGGGCCCUUGGGCCAGGGCUAAGGCCUGCAUCCUGAGCCCCUGGAAGCCCAGACCUCACUGCUGUGAACCCCGGGGCCUGACUGGUCAGAAUUUGCUGCUGUCUUGUUGUGGAUGGACAGAUGGACGAAUGGACGGAUGAUGGAUGGAUGGAUGGAUAGCCAUGGAUGCCCAAUGCCUUGCACACACAAACUGCUGAGUUGAAGCAUUUCAGUGAGCAUGACAGCCUGCGGCAAGAAUAUAUAUGUGUCUGUCUGUGUGGACAAACUCUUUACACUUUAAGGUUUGGAAAUAUUCAAGAUGAAAUGUUAUAGAAGCAGCGAAGCCAAGGACAGAGCCACGUCCGGAUUCCGAAUCUCAGGAUGUGUGGGGGGCUGUGCUUGAAGGCCCAGAUGAGUCAUCUGUUUGGGCCUUGGUUCAAUAAAGCACUGAGCAAGCUGAGUAACCAGCAUUGUGUCCUAUGGGCCCUUGACAACACCAUGGCAGACGCUGAUGUGGGGGGUAGGAUAGCCACAGGUCAGUGGAUGGGGGCCGGAAGACUCCUGCAGAGGUGGCCUCAUGUUCUCUUCCCAAGGCAGCCUUGCCUCUCUUUCGUGUGUCUACUCAAACACCUCUAAGCUCACCCUUUCUAAACUGCACCAAGUAACCAAAGUGACCCUGUCACUGCUCAAGAAUUGUCAGUGGCUCCCCACUGCCCUCAGGAUAAACUUAUCCCUGCAUGGCCCUUUAGGACCUGGGCCCUCCCCAGGCCCAUUCCUCACCUCAUUUGACUCAAAUCCCCAUGCCUUGCUCUUCACAUUUCCUUCCUUUGCACCUGCUGCAUCAUCAGGAAUGUUCUCUCCCUGUUACUCCUCCUUUGAGACUCAAUUUCAGAUGUCACCUCCUCCCAGAAGCCUUCCUGCCCUGUCAGAAAACUGACUUUCCUCUCAGCGGCCCCAGCACCCCACAGAGGUUCCACCACGUAGGGGGAUGCCAAGUUCAAGAGAGUGGAAAAGGGCCAAUCUGGGAGAACGGGUCCCAGGCCCAAACCUGGUGCCUCAGGACAUUCCCUCAGAACACCACUGCAGGUGACCCUUGCCCCCAAAUGCUAGUCUGUGAUUGCCGGGCCUCCUUUGCAUACUUGUACAGAUAAGGUACUACCUGAUACAGAGUGUGUCAAACAUGUGGGGCAUCAUUACCGCUUUCUGUCAAAGUUCAUCUACCUUCUGAAGUAGGUGGUGCUAAUGAUUAUUCACUCCAUUUUGUAGAUGGGAAAAUGGAGGCUAUUUCCUACCAGAGCAAUAAAGGACUCCAGAUUCCCAGGCUGAGUCUAAACAAUG